AUGAAUCCGAUUGUUGUACAAAUAGCUGUAGCGCUUUUACUUUCAGUACCAACCUUCAUGUUAGCUAUUGGAAACACAUGGACAUCUUAUACACUACCCAUUCUAGAAAGCGAAGACUCUCCAAUAGGAUAUCCAAUCACGAAGAGUGAUAGCAAUCUGAUAUCCUCAGUUAUCAUGUUGGGUUCCCUAACCUCUAUAGUUAUUGCUGGGUAUAUAAGCGACCGGAUUGGUCGAAAACGGACAGAAAUAUUAAGUGGACUAUGCUUUGUGCUCGCCUGGUCAACAAUUACAACUGCAAAGAAUGUAACGCAACUUGUAAUUGGUCGAUACAUUAUAGGACUUGGAACGGGGCUACAUUUUGUCACUGGUGUCGUUUACAUUGGUGAAAUGAGUCAAACAUCCAUCAGGGGAGCUCUUCUUACCAUAAUGUCGUUCAUGUAUAACCUAGGUACACUCGCUUCUUAUACAGAAGGCUGGUUCUGUAGUUACGAAGUCGUCAACUACUUGAAUUUAACUACAGCUGUUACAUUUGUACUCCUACUAAUGUGUCUUAAAGAAACACCCGUUUAUUUGUUAAGAAUAGGAAAAGAAAAGGAAGCAAUAAAAUCUCUAAAAUUUUAUCGAGGUGCAUCAAAGGUUAAUCAAGAAAUUUUAGACGAAAUCGUUUAUCUGAAAAGUCAACUAAUUAAUGAAAAUAUCAAUCAAAUUGAGAUGAAAGUCCCUCAAUUAGAAAGUGAAAAAGAAAUGUUAAAUGAAGAAAAUACUCCUAAGAUUGAAGGCAUUAUUAAUAAAUCAAACAGUGCUUGGAUAACAUUACGAACAUCGAACUCAGCAAAACGCGCCUUGGUAGUAUUAUUAGUUCAAAUGAAUUUGUGCGUGUUCAUGGGUAUGAUCGCUGUGCAGGCGUUUGCUGGUCAAUUCUUUCAGCAAGCAGCGCCAAGCUUUUCGCCACAUCUCUGCUCUGUGAUGCUGGCCAUAAUUGUCACAAUUACGAGUGGAGUCGCCGUAUUUAUAGUGGAAAUUGUAUCUAGACGGGUUCUAAUGAUAAGUACAUGUUUCCUAUCGGGCUGCUGUAUGGCGUGCCUGUCCAGCAUGCAGUACUUCACGUGGGCUCCGGAGUGGGGUAUACCAUUAGUUAUGAUACUCUACUGCAUAUUUUACCAGCUCGGCGCAGUAAACAUUCCGUUCAUACAAAUUGCUGAAUGCUUGCCACCGCAAAUGAACAGUUUCGGGACGGGCACCGUGAUGUGCUCAUUGUUUAUUGCGAACUUUAUACUUCUGUUUAUAUUCAAACCGGCAGUGGACAUCCUAGGAUUAUCUGGAGUUUUCCUAGCAUUCGCAUUUGUUAAUUUCCUGACCGUAAUUGUAUCAUAUUUAAUAAUGAGAGAAACAAGAAGAGUGCCCUUUGAAACGGUACAAAGUACUUUUGAGCGAGGUUAUUUGUAUAGGCGGCAAAAAAGUUAUUAA